ACUCAGGCAAGAGAGUAGCACAAACUGAACCUGAACGCGAAACUCCAAAGAUAUCAACGGGUUGCCAUCCUGAGAGAAAAUACUUCUGGUUGUAUUCAAGAAAUACUUUAUUUUAGAUUAUUCGGUCUAGAAAAGACUAUAAAAAUACGUUAUUCUCUAUUAAAUAGGCAAUUAACGCACUUUCAAUGGAAUACCAAAAUGCUGCAGAAUUAAACGGUUUGUGCAAUGGCAAAAUUGUCACAGAAUAUCUCUGCCGAAACGGCUUUAGCGAGCUGUCACUGGAUGCGAAGAAAGUUGCUAUCCAGCACAAAAACGAGACAUCCUGGAAAGAGGCGGAGGAUGAGUCGCGGUUACCUGCGCUGAAGGCGGCGUACACAACCAUACUGCGAGGACUCGGAGAAAACACUGACCGACAGGGGCUCCUCAAAACCCCACUCCGUGCUGCUAAGGCCAUGCAGUUCCUGACCAAAGGGUACCAUGAAACAAUCUACGAUAUCCUUAAUGAUGCCAUCUUUGAUGAGGACCACGAGGAGCUGGUUAUUGUGAAAGAUAUCGACAUGUUUUCUCUUUGUGAACAUCACCUAGUACCAUUUUUUGGCAAGGUUCACAUAGGAUAUCUGCCCAGUAAAAAGGUUGUUGGCCUCAGUAAGCUUGCAAGGAUUGUUGAAAUCUACAGUCGGAGGCUUCAAGUUCAAGAGCGUCUAACGAAGCAAAUUGCAAUGGCAAUCUCUGAGGCUUUGCAGCCUGUUGGUGUAGCAGUUGUCAUUGAGGCAGCUCACAUGUGCAUGGUUAUGCGUGGAGUGCAGAAGAUGAACAGCCGUACAGUGACCAGUGCCAUGCUGGGUGUGUUCAGGGAGGACCCAAAGGCUCGGGAGGAGUUCCUGGCCCUGGCCAAAAGUGCAAAGUAAUCCACACUUCCGUGCUGCAACUCUGUGUGUUUAAAGUGAAACAGGUCAACGAUCCUCAACAAGAUGUUAUAAGAGUACCUGAGGCAAUGUUAAUUUUGUUCGAGUAUAUUAAAAUGCUUAAGCAUAGGCUUAUCAUGAUUGUUAAUAGAAGAAACAAUGAUAACAGAUAAUAAUUGUUAACUUACUAAAAAUUAGAAUAUUAAACAUGCCAGUUA